AUGAGGGGGUGGCGUGAGGAGGUGGAGGUGGUCGCUCUGUCGCUGCGGGGCUACGGCAACGAGGAGGAUGACCGGCCGGAGAAGCCGCGGCGGUACGGGGUGACGGAGAUGCGGAGCCCCUUCUACUCCUUCCGCCCCGCAAACCAGGCGCUCCAGGUUCGCCGCCGGCUCACAGCUGCCAGCCUGCCACCCCUGUUUUGGGCGCUUCGUGUGCUCUGCUCUGAUUCGUUUGGUGUUUUGUUGUGCCGAGCUCGAUGCCUGGAUUGGGCGUAUUCUAAUUGGGAGUGCGAUUCAGUUUCCCUGGAAUGCGAAUACGGGUUGAAGCCGCGUUUGAUGAUUAAUUAG